GUUAGUGAUGCAAACAUUCCACAAAUUAAGUUAUUCGUGCUAGCAAAUUGUGAUCAACAGUGUGAUUCUGCGUUACGAUUGGCGAUAACGAUUCCAAAUGGCGUCAAAUUCAAGUUCAGCUCUCGUUAUCAGCUUUAGUCCGAAGCCAAGUUUUCCCCUGAAACAACCGAUCAUGAUGAGGUUUCCUGUUUCGUUUAUGGUGAUUGCAAUUUUUGCAGCUGUUAGUUUUGCUGCAACACCACCCUCGUCCUCGGAUGUGGAGCAGGGCUUCGAAAAGUGGUGCUACGAAAACACCAAGUCAAACCAAGCCAUCCUCAAAAUGAAGCGUUCCUUCGAAAAUACGACUCAAAUUGAGCGAUGCGUAAUGCGUUACAUCGACAAGGCGGACGAAAGCAUGGACUGGAAGGCACUGGAUGGAGCUUCAAAGAAACAAAUUAUCAACAAGUAUUGCAGAAGAGUCCGAACGAUGAUAACUUCUUGUUUUAGCGACCCGUUGGAUACGUUGGCUAUUUGUACCGGUGAUACCAAACUUAGAGAAGUCAGACUUCUUUUCCGGAAAAUGAUCGCAAGCGCUAUUGAUACGAUUUGCCGGAAUGACGGUUCCAUCAUAAGGGAACUUAUCCCGGAAGAUUACGAAAUGUGCGGGGACCGUUUUCCGGAGAUAUUGCUGAGCUGUGGUGUGCCGUUGAUGAAAUCUUCGCCGCUAGAUCUUUCUUGUCGGAGGUUGAAGGAAUUUCGCACCUGUGUUAUGGAAAAUUUCGAAGCCUGUGGCGUGGACCAUCUGGAGCUGCCGACGGGCAUAAUGGACGCGAUGUUGAAUGAAGUCAGAAAGGCCAACGAUUGUGGCUGCCAGGCGCCACAGCAGGAAGACUUUGAAAUUGCUCCUUUUAAGUGAUUUUUUAUCUUUAUAUAGGUAUAUAACGUAGUAGAAGUCAGUGUGCUCAACGUAAAGCGUAUUUCUUUAACUCAAUUUUCUCACUCGAAUCAUCAGACAUUGGAUAACUUAAUUUCGUAAGUUCGAAUCAAAGAAUUGCUUAAAGUUUAAAGUUCUGGACAAAAUAAAGUACGCGCUCGCUAUGAAACUUUCACUUCCUUGUAA